AUGCGAAGCUUCAUCUUCAGCUUAGUCUCGCAUCUUUCCUCCUCUCUACGUUCCUCGCGCACCCAGAUUAGGCUAACACGAACCCCACCCCUUCAGCUCGACUCCUACAAAGCCGCCGAGGAAUCUUCAUUCAAUAUCAACCGCUCAAGCAACAGCUACACCACACGUCCUCGCUGGGGAGGUAGCUCCUCAUAUGGAGGUGGAGGUGGUGGUGGCGGCGGUGGUCCGGGAUCAGGUCCGAGGCGCGUGGGGCGUGUGGACGAUGUUCGCGCACCGGAGUGUGGAAGCUGUCGAUAA